UAGCAUAAAUAUCAGAGCAGGGCGCCAUGCGGGUGAGAUUUUGAGGACAUUUACCGUGAGAAGCGUUAGCAAAGCUUAGCGAGAGUUGCCAUCUCGAUCACAUUUAUUUUGUUGGUUACAUUUUUGGUGUCGAAACAGUCAACGUGAACGAUGAUGAACGGCCAAAUGAAUGGUUUUCACAAUUCCCUCAUUGACGAGGACUGCUUCUUGUUCACAUCGGAGUCUGUCGGAGAAGGGCAUCCCGACAAGAUCUGCGAUCAGAUCAGCGAUGCUGUCCUUGAUGCCCAUCUCAAGCAAGACCCAGACGCCAAGGUCGCCUGUGAGACCGUCGCUAAGACUGGCAUGAUCCUGUUGGCUGGUGAGGUGACAUCACGAGCUACAGUGGACUACCAAAAAAUAGUGCGAGACACCAUUCGCCUGAUUGGCUACGACGACUCUGCCAAAGGCUUUGACUACAAGACCUGCAAUGUACUUGUGGCCUUGGAGCAGCAGUCUCCUGACAUUGCUCAGGGUGUCCAUGUUGACCGCAAUGAAGAGGACAUCGGAGCAGGGGACCAGGGCUUAAUGUUUGGAUAUGCCUCUGAUGAGACCGAGGAAUGCAUGCCUCUCACAAUUGUGCUCGCCCACAAACUGAAUGCUAAGAUGGCUGAGCUACGACGCAAUGGCACUCUUCCAUGGCUGCGGCCUGACUCCAAGACACAGGUUACUGUCCAGUAUCGUCAGGACCGUGGCGCCAUGCUUCCAGUGCGCGUGCACACUAUUGUCAUCUCUGUUCAACACGAUGAGGAUGUGUGCCUGGAGGAGAUGAGAGAUUCACUGAAGGAAAAGGUCAUCAAGGCUGUUGUUCCCUGUAUUUAUUUGGAUGAUGACACCAUCUACCACCUGCAGCCCAGUGGGAGAUUUGUUAUUGGAGGUCCUCAGGGUGAUGCCGGGCUGACGGGCCGCAAGAUCAUAGUCGAUACUUACGGUGGUUGGGGAGCCCAUGGGGGAGGAGCCUUCUCUGGGAAGGACUACACAAAGGUGGACCGCUCUGCUGCUUACGCUGCACGCUGGGUUGCAAAGUCUUUGGUGAAGGCAGAGCUAUGCAGGAGAGUGUUGGUUCAGGUGUCCUAUGCCAUUGGAGUUGCCCAUCCCCUCUCCAUUUCCAUCUUCCACUAUGGGACCUCCAACAAGAGUGAGCGUGAGCUGCUUGACAUUGUGAAGAAGAACUUUGACCUCCGUCCCGGGGUCAUUGUCAGGGAGCUGGAUCUGAAGAAGCCCUUGUAUCAGAAGACCGCAGCCUAUGGCCACUUUGGCCGUGACUCCUUCCCAUGGGAGGUUCCCAAAAAGCUCAAAUACUAAACCUGUUAAGCUUUCUCCCCCUUAGGCUUGUUGGUGUAUACUACAGAGAAGCCACCAAGAUUUUGGGGGUGAAAUGCCCUUCUCGCACUAAUUGCAUAAUUUACCGCAUUACUCCCUUUUUCCUCCCCCCUUUCCCUUUCUUCCGGUUAGUUUAUUUUGCCAAUUGCUUUAUCUUGCUGGGUCUUUUUUUGAAUGCAUUUUUAUUUGACUCAUUUGCCCCUUGCUCCUUACUGCUCGAGCCUGAUUAGCUGCAGUCCUUGUCGUUCCACACACAUCUAGGUGAUCUUCAGUGGCACAUCGGUGGUGUGGUGUUAGGCUGUAGUUUGCCUUCAUUCACUGGUGCUACUGCAAGGUGUGUGUCUGCAACCUCCGAAGUAAAUCUUGGGAAGCAUGUAGCUUGUCAUUUCGGAGGCUCUUCUGUUCUCACUGAGCAACAUUCCUCCUGAUAAUCUGGUACAAAUAUUCCCUCACCUUCUAGUUUUUUUUUUUUUUUUUUUUUUUAUUAUUUUAUUUAACUUUUGGUAACUUUACUGCUCGUCUUCAUGGAGGAUGCUAGAAUGGCACAAUGAAAUAGAAAGGUUUGUUGCUGUUCACUAAAAUGCUAUGCAUUGCAGGCUGAAGAGCCAGCCAAAUCUUAGAUUCUCAAGCUCUCAAAUGAGUUUAAAGGCCCACCUGCCGCUGUAGACCUUUUGCUGUUUUCUGACGUACUACAGAAAAGUCAGAGGCUGCUAUGUCACUGCACUGGUCUGCAGAGGUGUUGGAUAUACUUGACAGUUGGGAAUAUUUUGAUUGUGUACACCAGUUAAGUUUUAAAUGGUCUUUUUUUUUUCUUUUCUUUUUUUUUUUUAUAAAGUAGACUUUUUUUUUUAACUGAGGCCCUGGGAAUCCACAGGUAUAUUGAUGGCAGGUGUAGUUACAGAGAAACCUUUCAUCUUUAUCCUCGUGGAGUUUGUCAGUCUUAUUGGAUGUCAAAUCGCAACACUAUUUAUUUGUUCUCUGAAGCUCAGCGUGCAUACAGAGAAGCUGAUGUUUCAGACGGCAGCUUUUAAAACAAAAACACUCUGUUACUGAAUCUUGAAUUCCUUUUGACUUGAUAGUUUUCCAGUGUUUGGCUUGAGGCUCCAGAGUGUUGUACAGAAAAGCUUUGGAUUGCCUCAAAACGUGUCACUGCUAAAUGUUUGUCUAUUUUACAGUGUUUUAUUUUUGGACUGCAGAAAUAUAUAUUUUUUAGGGCUAUGGGCUGGUUGUCAAAUCCAAUUUUUAAGCAUCCACAAAUCUUUGGCUCUUACAAAGCAUCCUUGGUGAGAUGGCAACAUUUGGUUGGUGUAGUACAGAGAAACCAGCCUUGUUUACAUGGCCGUCCCAUGCAGGAUGAGUUAGCUCUUAUUGGAGGGCAUCAUUGGCUACAGUAAGUGUAAACGUGCCUUUUCUAUUUCCUCUCCUCUCCUCCUCUUGCUUCUAUCCCCUCGCACACAAACAUGCUUCUAACAGGAAGGAGUACCGGUAGCUCAUUCUGUAAUGUGCUUCAUGUUUAGAUUGGGCUGUUCCUGUAUGCUCUGUAAUAAACAUCCCUACACCAUGCACCUGUAGUCUUGGUC